AUGGCUGAACAAAGUGUUCAAGAGCUUGUUAAAAACCCUAUUCAUGAAAUUCCCAAAAGAUACAUUGUGAAUGAAGAAACCUCAAUUUCAUUGGAGGAUAAUUCCUUUGCUGUAAUCCCCACCAUUGACAUGCAAAAUUUUGUUUCUUCUGGACCAAGCAAAGGUUUCGAGCUCGAAAAGUUGCACUCAGCAUGCAAAGAAUGGGGCAUAUUUCAGUUGGUAAACCAUGGAGUAGAUUCUUCAUUGGUGGAGAAGUUGAAGUAUGAGAUUCAAGAAUUUUAUAAGCUUCCUUUGGAAGAGAGAUUAAAAUACACGGUAAAAGAAGGAGAUUUUGAAGGUUAUGGGCAAACAAUUAUUCAUUCUGAAGAUCAAAAAGUUGACUGGGCAGACAGAUUUUACAUGAUUGUCAACCCUAUCAACAGAAGGAAACCUCACCUUAUGCCGGAGCUUCCUUCAUCACUCAGGGAAACCUUGGAGGAUUACAUGUCCAAUCUGCAAAAACUUUCCAUGAAUCUAUUGGUUUUACUGGCGGAAGCCCUAAAUAUUGAAAGAUCAGAAGUAGAAGAGAUGUUUGACGACGGAAUGCAAGCGGUGAGGAUAACUUACUAUCCGCCAUGUCCAAGGCCGGAGAAAGUUGUCGGGCUGACCCCGCACUCUGACGGCAGUGGCAUCACAAUUCUACUGCAAAUUAAUGGAGUUGAAGGGCUCCAAAUCAAGAAAGAUGGGGUUUGGAAGCCGGUAAAGUUCCUCCCAGAUGCCUUUGUUGUUAACUUGGGAGACAUUCUAGAGAUACUGAGCAAUGGGUUGUACAGUAGCAUUGAGCACAGGGCUACAGUGAAUGAAGUUAAAGAGAGGAUUUCCAUGGCUAUGUUCUUCAACACUAAAUACGAAGCAGAAGUGGGGCCCUCGCCUUCCCUAAUUACAACUCAUCAGCCGCCACUCUAUAAAAGAAUGAAAAUGGAGACUUAUGUCAAAGAGUUUUUCUCUCGAAAGCUCAAUGGGAAGUCAUUUCUCGAGUACAUGAAAAUACAACAAAAUCAAAUAUGA